AUGGCCGAGGACCAGGUGAAAAUCGCCCUUUUCACGAAGGAGGACGACCAGCUGCUCCAUGUUCUGGAUGCGCCUUUGUUUGUUCCCGCCACCUUGAAGCGGUACGGUUUGUCGGAGAUCGUCAACCACCUUUUGGGCCGUGAGGACGAAGAAACAAAGCCCAUUCCGUUUGACUUCUUGAUCGACGGCCAGCUCUUGCGCACGUCGCUCAGCGAGUACCUUGUGAAAAACGGCCUUUCCAGUGAAACUUUCCUCCAUGUCGAGUACACCAGAGCCGUGCUUCCGCCGCUGUUUUUGGCGUCUUUCAACAACGAGGACUGGGUUUCCUCGGUGGACACCAUCAACAACGCCCUGGACGCCGUUCAGGUCAUCUCCGGCGCCCUGACUCAGCCACAGAUCUUGUCUGGCUCGUACGACGGUGUCGUGAGAACCUACAACAUGAGUGGUCAGGUCGACAAACAGUAUGUGGGCCAUUCUGCGCCUAUCAGAGCUGUUAAAUGGAUCUACACCCACCGUGUUGUUUCUGCUGGUAACGACAGACAGCUUCGGUUGUGGAAGACGGCAGCAGACCCUACGGAGGUGGACGAGGAUGAGCCUGAAAACGCCAAAACCUUGGCCAUCCUCGAUGCCCAUAAAGCACCAGUCGUCGACCUAGAUGUGCACCAAAGAACCCAAAGAAUUCUUUCCGCCGGCCAGGACAACAUUGUUGGUGUCUGGUCGACGAAUCCAAAAGACAUGAACCUGGUGGAGCCUUUUGCAGCCACCUCCCUUGCAUCUUCAGCGCUGAAAAAGAGAAGAAAGAUGGCGCUCAAGGACCAGAACGUCAAGCACAGAGCGCCAUUGGCGCUUUUGGAGGGCCACUCGCAGCCUGUGGAAGGCGUUAUUUUCGAUGCCUCCGACCUGACGGUGGCCUACUCUGUCUCCCAGGACCACACCGUGAGAACAUGGGACUUGGUGACCUCAAAGUGUGUUGACACAAGAUCCACGGGAUUCUCGUUACUUUCUGUUUUGCAGUUGCCCGAGGUCAACUUGCUAGCUACGGGUUCCUCCGCCAGACACAUCAACCUCCAUGAUCCUAGAACGCUGCUGGAGGCUACUGAACUCCACACCACCAAACUCUUGGGGCACACCAAUUUUGUGGUCAGCCUAGCAGCAUGCCCAAACAACAAAAACAUGUUUGCCUCUGGCUCCCACGACGGUACCGUGCGUGUGUGGGACAUACGGUCCAACCAGUCAUUGUACACUAUCAAGAGAGACCUGGGAGAAGGCAAGGUGUUUGGUGUGGCAUGGGACCAGGAGAUUGGACUUGUCAGUGGUGGUGAGGACAAGAAGGUGCAGAUCAACAAGGGCAACGAUAUUGCCAGGGACUAG